CAUGGGCAAACUACGGCCCCCGGGCCGUAUACGGCCCGUUAGGCUUUUUAAUCCGGCCCGCCGAACUUGUCCAAAUUAUCGUAAAAACCCAUGGAUGUGUAAAAUCCUGAUUCAUUUCCCUUUCCCCUGCAAUACCCUCGUUUCCCCGAUAGACGGCGCACUAGUCUAGACACACUUUCCAGCUGACAUUUCCCCCCUUCGGUAAAAAUGAGCGGACCAAAGAAAAGAAAAGUGGACACUGAGUGCCGAGUGUUUAAAAAGGAGUGGACAACAAAAUAUUUUUUUACUGAUGUCCGAUCAACGGCUGUAUGUUUGAUAUGCCAAGAAACGGUUGCAGUUUUCAAAGAGUACAAUAUCAGCCGUCACUUUGCCACAAAGCAUGCUAACUAUGCUAGCAAGCAGUCAGCACAGGAACGGGCGGCUACUGCUCAGAGGUUGGCAGCUAAUUUACAGACUCAGCAGAAUUUUUUUCACCGACAAACUGCGAUCCAGGAGUCAAGUACCAAGGCAAGUUUUUUGCUGGCAUUCAAGUUAGCAAAGGCUAGCAAGCCUUUAUCCGAAGGCGAGUUUUUGAAAGAAUGCAUAGUAGACACAGCAGAUCUCUUGUGUCCGGAAAGCAAAGGCAAGUUUGAAAAAAUCAGCUUGUCACGCAGGACAGUGACUCGGCGUGUGGAACUGAUUGACGAAGAUCUAGUCAGCGAGUUAAACAAAAAAGCGGAGUCCUUUAAUUUAUAUUCACUAGCACUGGAUGAAAGCAACGACAUGAAAGACACUGCUCAGCUCCUAAUUUUUAUCCGAGGGAUAAAUGACAGUUUUGAGACAACGGAGGAGCUUUUGAGCAUGGAAUCGCUGAAGGGGAAAACGCGAGGAGAGGACUUAUAUGAACAGGUGUCUGCUGUCAUCGAGAGAAUGAAGCUGCCUUGGAGUAAACUUGCCGGUGUCACCACGGAUGGAUCGCCAAAUUUAACUGGAAAAAACGUUGGGUUGCUGAAGAGAAUCCAAGAUAAAGUGAAAGAAGAAAACCCUGACCAGGAUGUUAUUUUUCUUCACUGCAUCAUUCAUCAAGAAUCUCUGUGUAAGUCUGUAUUGCAGCUUAAUCAUGUUGUGGAUCCAGUUGUAAAACUUGUUAACUUCAUACGAGCAAGGGGACUUAAUCACUGUCAGUUCAUUGCGUUCCUAGAGGAAACCGAUGCGGAUCACCACGACUUACUUUACCACUCUCGUGUCCGCUGGUUAAGUUUGGGGAAAGUCUGCCAACGAGUGUGGGAGCUCAAAGAGGAGAUUCGUUCGUUUUUGGAGCUAAUGGGGAAAUCCGACGAAUUCCCUGAGCUGAGCGAUGAGGACUGGCUUUGUGACUUUGCGUUUGCUGUGGACAUAUUGUCACACAUGAAUGAGCUGAACGUUAAGCUGCAGGGGAAAGACCAGUUUGUGCACGAUAUGUACACAAAUGUGAGAGCCUUCAAAUCCAAGCUGAUUUUAUUCUCCAGGCAAAUGUCAAACAAAUCUUUCGCUCAUUUUCCCACACUGGCCAUGCAAAAGGCCACCCGAAACGUGAAGAAAUACUGCAAAUCACUGGACGACAUGCACAGAGAAUUCUGCCGUCGGUUCACUGAUUUUGAAAAAAUUGAAAAGUCACUUCAGCUGGUGUCCUGUCCCCUGUCACAAGACCCCGAAACAGCACCGCAUGAGCUGCAAUUGGAGCUGAUCGAUCUUCAGUCUGACUCCGUCUCAAAAGAGAAGUUCCGAUCUCUUAAACUGAAUGACUUUUACGCUUCACUUAACGAAGCCACAUUUCCAAACCUCCGGAGGACGGCACAGAAGAUGCUGGCAUUGUUUGGCUCGACCUACGUGUGUGAGCAGACUUUCAGCGUCAUGAACAUCAACAAAGCCCGAUACAGAUCCCGGUUAACUGACCAACACCUCAGAUCUAUUCUGAGAAUUGCCACAACAAAACUAACUCCAGACUUUGAUGCACUGGCAAAAAAAGGAGAACAACAACACUGUUCCCACUGAAAUGUGAGUUUUUCUACUGUUAUGAAAAAAAUAGCAACUUGCGCAUUUACGCACAGCAGCGGUAUACAGUAGCUUAAUUAACAUGCCGCACAUCGCUCUCAUUUUAAAGACCCCUUCCUUUCGUUGGGUAAUAAUAUGUUCUGAAUGUUGAAAGUGAUUCCAUUGAUUUUUUUUCCCACUAAAUGUUGAUUUCUUUAAAUUUUUUUUAAUACAUUUCAAUCCCCAGGUUUAAUCAAUUACAUUGCUUGUCCAAAUGCUCCUGGCCCGGCCCCUCUGUCAAAUUUUAGAACCCAUUCUGGCCCGCAAGUCAAAAAGUUUGCCCACCCCUG